AUGAGUCAAGCUCAAAUAAUUCAUUAAGUGUAGCAAGUAUUCAAUAAGCUCUCCUAAAACCAUUCACAACCUAUGAGCAAAGAAACAAUAAUUAGAUUUUUGGAUUAGCAAUCUAAUAAAAUGUAUGACAGAGUUUUGUUUGAAUAACUCUACACAAGGAUGUAGAAGACUGGCGAUGGCUAAGUGACAAUCAAUGAUUUCAUUUCAAUUUUAAUGGAAGCAUUAUAAUCAUUAAAAAAUAAAAUAUCCAUUUUGGAAUAGCAAGUUGCACAAAAACAACUGAAAGUAGACGAUGAUCAAUUGCAUUUACAGUAAUUAUAAACUAUUGAAGAAUAUAACUCUCAUAAAAUAUGCUAGGGCAGCAAAAUAAGAAUUACAAUUAUAGAUGCAAAAAUUUAAUUUCCUGGAAAUACAAGAGUUGCUAUUAUUUUGGGUUCUAAUGACACUAAAUACUCCACCAGGCCAGCAAAUAGACAAAAUGCUGUUUGGAAUGAAAAAUUUGAAUUUAAUAUUAUUACUGGAUAAGAGGAAAUCUAUAUUGUUAUAUUGGAUGAAGAAUUAAUAGAGAAGUAAGAAAUUGGUGGAUAGGCAAAACUCAAUUUAAAGGACUUUUAUGAUUAAAAGCCUCAUGAUAUUUCAUUGGAAUUGAAAGACAAAUACGGCGUUGUUCUUUAUUCCACCAUCAAUCUUAGAGUUCAAUGGAUACACUCAUAAACUAAAUAUUUUAAAGAGUCUAUCAAAGAAAAUCAAUAAGUAAUUGAUGAUUUAAGUCAAGACAUUAAUGAAUAUAAAAGUGAUAUUCUCCAACUCUUCUAUCCUUUCGAUGAAAAACACCAAAACCAAACAAAUGAAAGAUAUAUUGUAACUGAACAAUCAACAAUCCAAUAAGUCCAUGAUUUUCAAUUUUAUGACACUUCCCAAGCAUAACUAUGGGUUAAACUAGCAUUAGCUUUCACUUUGGUUUAUUUCAUAUUAAUCUUAAUUGCUAGUCUAUUUAAAACUCAGUUUGUAGAUGUAAAAUACCUCUUUAAUAAUAGUUAACACUUAUACUACUAUAUGAAUAAUAAUAAGUUAUUAUCACUGUUGCACUUUAAAAUAAUUACAACUAUGAUUGUUGUAACCAUUAUUUUCGAUGUUGUUUGGUUUGUUAUUUUUACUAAUCCCUGGACAACUAACAGUGUACUCUUCUUUUAAUUGGAACACAGUUUCUAAAUGUAUGAAGUAAUCAUAUCAUACAUAAUACUUGGUAUAAAAGUGAUUCUAAUAUGCAUUUAUGUUAAUUUAUACCUCAUGUGUCCAGAUAAAAGAGCCAAUAUUUAUGAUGCUCAAUAUGAAAUUAUAUUUGGACAAAGAAGCGUAGAAAAUGAUAAUCAAGAUGCGUAUAGCUUCAGAAAUACAAAUCAUCAUCUGUAAUAAUCAUUUUCUAAAAAUUUCUGA